AUGGUGACCGUCGAAAAUCGCAUUGCCUUUAGUGCUGAGCCUGCCACUGUACCCCGUUCUCUAGGAAUCAUUGGGUACCAGGAUAGAUCUCAGAUCCUUCCACAAGAGCUUCUUGCUGCAUUAUAUAGUGCCAUUCUUGGAGGCACGACAAAUGACAACGGUAACCUGACGCAAUUAUCGAUUGCUCCUGAUUGCCCGACCGGAGAAUGCGAAAUUACUCCUUUCAGGUCGUUGGCUGCUUGUUCAACCUGCACUGAUUUAACAGACUCAAUCAGUACGAGCUGUAUUGAUAAUUGGUGCCAAGACAACCUCACCUUCUGCCAGCAUUCACUCCCUAGUGGUUUGACGCUCAACGUGAGUGAGUAUAAUGGCAUCACUGGAGACGUGGCAAGUGAGAUGUCCUCGCAUGUUGGAUACUUUGCUCCGCCUAUAAUUGCGAAUUUCACCUCAAUUUCUAUUGCCUCUGGAACCAACUUAACAAAUGCGACAGCUCACCAUUGUCUUGUGUACUGGUGUGUGAAAACAUACACAGCGGGCAUGCAUAACAACAAACCAUGGGAGAAAUUGGUCGAUACCUGGCAACACCUUGAAAUGCCCCUAGGAUUUGGACCAAAUUUUACGUUCCAUGUCCCUUCACAAGGUAAUCUGACGAGCGCCAAGUUUUGGGUUGGCAUCCCCUUUAUAAAGGCAUGGAUGUACUCAAAACUAAAUAUAAGCCCCUCUCUACGUUGUAACAAAGUUGAGACACCAUACGACGAGUUCAGAUACCCCAUGAUUCGCUAUGGUUCACCAGAAUUCUCUGAGAAACUCGCCUUUGGAAUCACAACGGGGGUGCGUCUCUAUAAUAACACUCCUGCAAAUGGCACGGCAUGGAAGAUGGAAACCCAAAUACAUGUCCGAUGGGCAUGGGCUACUCUCCCAGCUUUGCUGGUAGUUUCAACAACGGUAUUCCUUGGCAUGACUGCACUUCAGACAAAAAGUGGUGGGUUUGAUGUCUGGAAAUCGUCGCCUACGCCUCUGGUUUGUGCCACACUAGACCAGCGAGCCCGGGACUUGGUAUGUUCAACAGGAGGUCCUAUGGAAAUGGAGCAGUCGACUAGCCAGAUAAGGGUGAAAUUUCAAAAGGAAGGGUUUGAGGGUGGUGGUAGUUGGCAACUAGGAAUGAUGUGA